AUGGAUAUUAAGCGUGUGAAGGACUAUUUCUACUGGCUCUACUUCCAGUACCUGCUCAUCACGUGCAGCUACGUGCUGGAGCCCUGGGAGCGGUCCAUGUUCGACACCAUCCUCGUGACUGUCCUUGCUAUGGUGCUGUACACUGCCUAUGUCUUCGUCCCCAUCCACGUCCGCUUGGCUUUCGAGUUCUUCUCCCAGAUGUUUGGAAGUCAGCCCGAAACUCCCAUGCACUGAGAUGAGCGAAAUGCAUGUUGCUCCAGAGGAAGAUGAUCCAGU